CGUCCGUCGUCGCCUGCACUAGAUGUGUCUCCCUCGCUAGCCCUCUACCCCACUGGUUGUCCUUCGCUGGAUACCCGUUCCGAACGAUCAGUGUCCACGCCGUCAACAAUAUCUAGCAGAUCAGCGUCCUCGUCUUCAGCUCGUUCAGAAUCAGGCCGUCGCAAGAAUGGUUAUAUGCGACCACAAGGUACCGCCUUCUCAGACUCUGCUCGCAAUCGCGACAGUGUCAUGAGUCUAGGUAGUAUCGCUCACAUGCAAUACUACUUUGCUCGUACUGGCCUUCUCGACGGCAAAGGCGGUCAAUUCGCAAAACCGAAAAAAGGCGUUAGACAACUGGAUACCAAUAUCGCCAUAUACACCACAUCAGAAGAUGGCUUGGUUGAGAGUCCGAAAGAUGCCAAUGAAGAAUGGUCAGAGCCUGUCAUGCUGCCACCGACUGUGUCGACAUACGCCUACAAAGAGCCAAAUGUACAACCUCCACCAGAGCUCCCUGUGCUUCGUCGACAGCUUCGUGAAGCCUUGGAUGAUGCUCGGAAAGUACUACAAGAGUCGGCAGAGAAUGUAUCAUACGAUGAUGCUACUCGAGAAGCAAUCGUCGAGUCGGUACGCUUACCCACAAUCUCCGAUGAACCACCAAUCGCCCAAGGCUGGCAUGAGAUCAUGGGUCUCCACCUUCUCGAUAUCAUAACCCUGGCUAUUCGUGCCGCGAAGACCUACUACACAUCACACCCUCGCCCCCAACAGCUCUAUACGAUUCAGUCGGAACGCAAAAUUCGCGGAGACUUGUACGAAGUUCUUGAUGUGCUGAAACGCGCAGCUGCUAGAGAGUUCAGAGGAGGCAUCAAAGAGGAAGAAAGAGCUGGGAUAAAGUCUUGGAUCGACAGCAUCAGCGAUUUGAUGUCGAAAGAGCAAUCUCGCGAACAAGAAGAGCAGGACUCUCGAACAAAAUCUGCAUGGCGUCAUGGGGACUGGGCCGGUCGGGAACGUGAAAGAGAAUGGCUUUUCAUGUCCUCUUUCGACACCAGCGCAGAUCCUCUUCCACAGUGGACCGAAUCUAGCCCCGAUGCACCCUCUCCGUUCCUACAAGCUCUACAGAGCGGACUACGCUUGGUACAACUUCACAAUGAGAUGGUCCGUCGUUCUGAGCGUCCUUUUGGCGAGAUCAAGACAUUCUUCACAGACGUCGCAAAGCCAUAUCGAUGUGCCGAAAAUCUGCGUUUCUGGUCAAAAGCUGCAGAGCUUCGAUGGGAGACAUCGCUAUCUUUCAACGUGCUCCACGUCGUACACGGCAAGGAUGCAAACGCCUGGCAGCAAUUUGACGAAACCGUCUUGAAGUGGUGCCGUGGAGUGCGAGAGGAGAUCACUAGGGAGUGG